AGGGGAUUUGGGGCUCUUCCUCUACGCGCUUAACUCUGGAUAUCUCUGCCUUUGUCUCACAUAUUAGAAAAAGAGGGCAAAGUGAAGAAGGGGAGCAAUGGGGAUGCAAAAGUCAUGGAUACUUUGUGGAGUUGUGACUAUUUUGGGGGCUUUAAUUUUGCAAGUGCAGUGUAACGAGGAGACAAAGCUAAUUAGUGAACUCUUUAAAAACUAUAAUAAGAAUAUUCGCCCAGUGGUUAAACCUGAAGACAAAGUGGAAGUUAUGAUUAAGAUGACCUUGACUAACCUCAUCUCUCUGAAUGAAAAGGAGGAGACCCUUACAACCAAUGUGUGGAUUGAAAUUCAAUGGUUGGAUAAUCGGCUUUCCUGGAACACUUCAGAGUAUUAUGGCAUAGAAGUUAUCCGAGUCCCAUGCAACACUGUGUGGCUGCCUGACAUAGUCCUUGAAAAUAACAUUGAUGGCAAAUUUGACGUGGCUUACUAUGCCAAUGUGUUGAUCGACAAUACUGGCUGGAUGUAUUGGCUUCCUCCUGCUAUCUACCGCAGCACGUGUGCCAUUGAAAUUACCUACUUCCCAUUUGAUUACCAAAACUGCACACUUGCAUUUAGAUCACAGACAUACAGUGCCAAUGAAGUCGACCUGAGACUGGCAGAAGUGGACGAUGGGCCAAUUGAAUGGGUUGAUAUUGAUCCAGAAGCUUUUACAGAGAAUGGUGAGUGGGCCAUUGUCCACCGACCAGCCAGAAAGAAAAUAGACCCUCGUUACUCUCCUGAUGAUCUGGAGUAUCAGGAAAUCAUUUUCAACCUAAUCAUUCAAAGGAAGCCUCUAUUUUAUAUCAUCAACAUCAUUCUGCCCUGCUCCCUCAUCUCUUCCCUCGUUGUCCUUGCCUACUUCCUGCCUGCUCAGGCUGGGGGGCAGAAGCUAACUGUGUCCAUAUCAGUGUUACUGGCCCAGACUGUCUUCCUCUUCCUCAUAGCACAGAAAAUUCCAGAAACAUCUCUCUCUGUUCCUCUCAUUGGAAAGUAUCUGAUCUUUGUGAUGUCUGUGACAACUCUGAUUGCCACGAAUCAAAUUGUGGUUCUAAAUUUCUCUCUGCGCAGCCCAAGUACUCACACCAUGUCCCACAGCGUCAAACAUCUGUUUCUGAAGAUGAUUCCUCGUCUUCUGGGCAUGGCUCCAUUGAUUGAUGAGACAGAGGAGACAGCACAAGUGAACGGAGUGACAGAGCGGCGGAGGAGCUCCUUUGGCCUGAUGCAAAGAGCAGAAGAAUAUGUGCUCAAACAGCCUCGCAGUGAAAUGAUGUUCGACAAACAAAGAGAGAGACAUGGGCUCACCAGAUCCAUUGUUGUCACUAUGAUCCGGAAAUACAAGAAAAGAUUCAACUCAGAGAUUUUGUGUGCCGCUCUUUGGGGGGUGAACCUGCUGGUUGGCACAGAAAAUGGGCUGAAGCUGUUGGACCGUAGUGGACAGGGCAAAGUUUAUCCUCUAAUCAACUCCCGCAGGUUCCAGCAGAUGGAUGUCCUGGAGGGUCUCAACCUGCUCAUCACUAUAUCAGGCAAGAAGAACAAAGUUCGUGUGUACUACCUGGCCUGGCUGAGGAAUAAGAUCCUACACAAUGAUCCUGAGGUUGAGAAGAAACAAGGUUGGACCACAGUGGGCGAGAUGGAGGGUUGUGUGCACUACAAAGUUGUGAAAUAUGAGAGGAUAAAAUUCCUGGUAAUUGCUUUGAAGAAUGCAGUAGAGGUAUAUGCUUGGGCUCCAAAGCCUUAUCACAAAUUCAUGGCCUUCAAGUCUUUUUCAGACCUGCCCCAUCGACCGCUCCUCGUGGAUCUGACUGUAGAGGAGGGUCAGAGGCUUAAAGUCAUUUACGGCUCUUGUGCUGGUUUCCAUGCCAUUGAUGUAGACUCUGGAAACAACUAUGACAUUUAUAUCCCUGUCCAUAUUCAGAGCCAAGUAACCCCACAUGCCAUCGUGUUCCUGCCUAGCUCUGAUGGGAUGGAGAUGUUACUGUGUUACGAGGAUGAAGGGGUGUAUGUGAACACUUAUGGACGCAUCAUCAAGGAUGUGGUCCUGCAGUGGGGGGAAAUGCCCACCUCUGUUGCCCACAUCUGCUCAAAUCAGAUCAUGGGAUGGGGAGAGAAGGCCAUAGAGAUUCGGUCUGUGGAGACUGGCCACCUGGAUGGAGUGUUUAUGCACAAAAGGGCUCAGAGGCUCAAGUUCCUCUGUGAAAGGAAUGACAAGGUGUUCUUUGCGUCUGUGCGGUCUGGAGGCAGCAGUCAGGUGUACUUCAUGACACUGAACAGGAACUGCAUCAUGAACUGGUGAAAGCGCAUCUGUUGGUCAGUGAACACAGCAGGUUUUUGGCACCUAAAACUUCUGCUAGCGCAUGCACACAAAUCAUCAUUUUCUUCAACUGGUUUUAUCUACAGAUUCUUACAUUCACAACAGGCACUACAAUCUGUAAAUCCAUUCCAGGCUACAGUCCUUAAAGUACUGUUUAUACCAACAUGCUGACAACAACAUUGUGAAAACUUACCAAUGGUCUACAAACGUUAAAACCUACUUUUAUUGUGUAUAUUUUUGUCUUUACUUUAAAUGGUAAAAAUGUGUUCAGUCGUAACUAUUACGUUCCUGUGAAUUUGUUAAUCAUUCCUGGUGGUUGUGUACUUUUGAAGAAGGCAUUAAUAUCUAAACAUCUGUAAAUAUAAAGCAGCUCAUUCAUGGUAGUUACAUGCCUUCACGCCACAGUGUGGAUGUGGCAUCAUGACCCCGUCUGCAUUGGCAACAUUUGACCUAUCACUUUAAGUCAGCAGAUACUUUAAAUUACAUAGUUUUUCUUGUCCUAAUAUUGAGAUUUCUGUUCUAAAAUGUUUUUCUUCAUUUUUCCGAUCUCAAGGGCUUGCUCCUAAUUACAAGUGAAGCCUAUAAUAAAUAAAUACAACACACUAGUUCAGUACUGUAGUGAGUGCUGUGAAUCCUUGAAUUGCCUUGAUUUGAAAGUAUCUAUAGAUGAUGUGACAAAGCAGAUAGUUUCCUAAGGUUAUUGUUUUCUACAUAGAAACUUCUAUAUCCAUGUGGUGAUUUUUAAAUAGUGUACGCCUGCAUUGCUAUUAUAUUGCAAUAUAUUCUUGGUGAGUUUAAGUUUCAGAGAGGACUAAAUUCUAAACACUGUUGUGUUGGACAAUUUGAUGGAGAGACUUCUGAGUGAUGGGUAUUUGAAUCUGUUUCAAUCAUAUUUUCCAAACUUAAACUAGUCUCCACUGUAAGAUAGUUUUACUAGACUUUUUGUUGUUUGAGUGUGAGGAUGUUGAGAGAAACAGAUGGUUUAUCUUUGUCUUGAUCAAACACUACACAUAGCCCUGUAGUGUCACUGCAAACCAGCAGACUCAUGAGGCACUACAUGUUUUAAAAAAAAUGGAAGAUAUACUUUCUGCUUAAGUUACUUUUUAAUCUCAAGGCCCAAGCUUAUCUAGUAUUUGGAGAUUUUGUACAAUUAUUUGACAAAAUUAGUAUUUUGCAGCAGAUUUGAAUAUAGACUAUUAUCUCUAUUUCUUUGGACAAAAAGUCUUGGGUAGUUCAGUGACAGCUGAAUUUGUGGUCACCUUGGAUACAGACUAUAUAGCCAAGCCUAAAAUUUAUUAAACUAAGAAUAUACUAUAUUUUAUGUAAUGUAAGUAAAUAGCUGAGAGGAAGAUGGAUACUUUAUUUUAAGAUUAGUCAUAAAUAUUAUAUAGACAUUGAUAGCACUUUGACUUCUUACAUUUACAAAAACAACUGCAGCCUGGAGCAUAUACUAAAGGGUGCAUGCAGGCUGAUCCAGCGUUAACGUAUUACUUGGUGUACAUGUUUUUGAACCAAAUAUCUGUGCCAUGACCUACAUCUUAAAUUCACUACAACUCACUUGGAGCUCUGGUAGUCAUGCUUUUAUGGUCAUUUUAUUAAUCAGCCAUGUUUACAGUUUAAGCAGUGCCUUGAAUAGAUGGUUUGAAGAUUAGCUAUAGGCCCCACCCAGUAUAGUACUAGUAUAAAGAGGUGUGUUUAAAACUGCUUUUAUUAUCAAAAUAACAUGUGCCAGUUAAGUGCACUUAAUCAAACCUCAAGAAACAAUUGACAUCCCUUGCCAAUUUAAACGUAGAGUUGUAGAAACAUGCAAUAAAAAUAAUGAAUUGUUUUGUCUUACAUAGAAGGGUCUAGUAGUGAUGGCUGAAGCCAGCACAAGGAAAAGCCAUAUAGAUCAAUCAUGCCUAUCAAUUCAGUCUUAGUACAUGCACAGGUUAAAGCAAAAGAUGUUAGUAGUUGGAAAAAGUAGCUUGAUAUAUUUUAUAAACUAUGUAAAACUCUAUAUUAAUAUUGUAAGUGAAUGUACCUGUAUUUUAUUUGUAUUUGCAUAUAACUACUCUGUUAAUUAAAGCACAAUGUAUUUUGAUGCAGCAAGAUCAAGGUCACAAUGUGAAGCUUUUUGUUCCCCCAAAUGUCGAAUCCAUAGAGUUUACGUACGGUAUUAAGGAAGACCAUGAUCUGACAGUGUUUCUCAAUGAAGUUGUAAUGUACAUGGUGACCAUGGUAACCAUACAACCACACAGUGUGUUAUUCUGCAAAAUCCCUGUCAGGGGAGUUGUGAUAUGAUUCAGAUGCUAUUACCUACUCAUUGAUCAGCAUUAAUCAGCAGCUGCUGGUCACCUAUAAGAUGAUAAAGGGCAAUUUUCUUUGAAUUUUAAUUUAAUUUUUUUUUUUGUAGAUGCAUGUAUUCUCUAAACCUGCUCUGUAAAUUAAACUUUUAAUAUUGGCAUUUUAAAUUAGUUUUUCUUUAUUUGGCAUCAUGGAUAGGACCCAUGUAUUUUAUGUUUCAGAAAAUCUGUUUUGAAUAUUAUAUCUCACUGAAGAUAUUCAGAGCUAAAUGCUGUACCAAAUGAUGCCUCGUGUAAACAUGAAGAGUAGUAUCUGUGCUAUAUGUAGAGUAGAUGCUAAAUCUCUGAACCAAAUAAGUAAUAUAUUAUAUUUGGCAGGUGGUAGAACAUAUAUUAUAUUUCAUUAUAAUAAGUGAGUGCUCAGGCAGGUGAUAUGAGUUUGAUUCAUCUGAUACUAUGGCUAAGUAUCUGAACAGUACGCAAGAACAACACUUCACGGGGUGAAGAUGUGAAGUCAGAAAUUUUUAAAAAGCAAUACAUUAUUUUAAGUAUAUUAAAACCAUGACUGCCCAUCUUAGUGACUUGUACAGUUAAAGUGUAGUGGUUUUUGGCAGAAUGAAUGUAGACUGGUCUGUCUAUUGCUUCUUUCCCUGUAAGCUGUUGAUCACAACUAGUUUAGUUUGCUUUAAUGCAGUGUUUCUCAAACUGGUACACGUCUGCCUUUAGUAAUAUGCAGAGCCCUCUGCUGUUUUUAGUAUUUAAUUUAGGGACAAAUCUGUUCUUUUUAAAUUAUUAUUUAAAACUACCUUAACUAUUCCAUUGUUGAGUCUAAUUUUAAACCUUACUUGAUGUAAUUUUGGACUAUGUUUAGCCCUAAUUUUGGUCUGACAUAUUCUGGGUUUAGGUCUGGUAGUGCUUGGAAAGCCAAAUAUCAUCUUGGAUGGUAAGUUUGAGAACCACUGCUUAAAUGAUAAACUGAUUAAAAUGUUUCACUUAAACAUCUAAUCAAAGAAUGAAGUCAUCGGCCUGUUAACGGCUGUUGCUUGCACAUAAUUCUCCAGACAAAGUUAUCCUGUUUAGCAGAUACAUUUUUAAAGACGUCUUUGCAAUGUUUUAGUGUGUGCGAGGGUGUCUGUGUUAAUUGUGAGAGGUGCAAUCCAGAUUGUAUUUCAUAGACUAAUAAACUUUUAAAAACUGUUGAAUGAAUCCUUGUCAUAAUACUUUGAAAAAAUAAAAUAAAAUAUAUUGAUCAUGCUUCCA